AUGUCAACGUUUUUCACCACCAACCGGCACGGGUACAGUGUGCGAUUCUCGCCGUUCAACCCGGACCAGUUUGUCGUGGCAUCGAGCCAAUUCUAUGGCCUGGCCGGUGGUGGCACGCUGUACUUCCUCGAGCUAACGCCGGACGGUUGCGGUAUCGUCGAGAAGCGCACCCAUCACUGGACGGACGGACUGUUCGACGUGACGUGGUCCGAAUCGAACCCGGAAAUCAUCGUGUCCGGCUCGGGGGAUGGCAGUGUCCAGCUGUGGAACACCAACGUGUCCAGCAACAAUGGACCACCGUCGAUGGUGUACCGGGAGCACAAGAAGGAAAUCUACAGCGUGGACUGGAGCAAGGUACCGUACGAGCAGCUCUUCAUCAGCGCCAGCUGGGACAGUACGGUGAAGAUUUGGGAUCCGAUCCGGAACAACUCGCUCAGUACGUACAUCGGCCAUACGCAGCUCGUGUACAACGCGGUGUUUGCGGCCCACAUCCCCAACACGUUUGCCAGCGUUAGCGGUGAUGGAUUUCUGAAGAUUUGGGACAUCCUCUGUUACGAUCUACCGAUCGCAAGCAUUAAGGCGCACGAUGGAGAGGUUUUAACGGUGGAUUGGUGCAAGCAUGAUUCGAACAUUCUGGCUACUGGCGCGUCGGACGGUUUGAUACGCAUUUGGGACCUGAGAAACUUCGGCGUACCGAUCACGGAACUGAAGGGCAACGAGUUUGCCGUAAGAAAAGUACAAUUUUCACCGCAUAAUUUCUCCGUGCUGGCCAGCGUCGGAUAUGACUUUACCACCAGAAUAUGGGACUUUAAGAAGAGCAACGAAGCGAUGGAAACGAUCAAGCAUCAUUCGGAGUUUACGUACGGGCUCGACUGGAACAGACGACGCCGUAAUCAGCUGGCCGAUUGUGGAUGGGACUCGCUGGUGCACGUCUUCAAGCCGGAUUGCCUUUCGGAUAAGAUUUAG